CUUGGGCACCCUGCCCUGGGUGCCCUGCUGGGGCAGAGGCUUUGCCUGCUCUCCAGAGGUCUCUUCCUGCCCUCUGCUGCCAGCUCAAGCGGGCAAAGAGCCGCUGGGUGCCAGGCGGUCCGGGUGGGUACCAAUGCCCCUCCCCGACCCCUCCCCCACCCCCUGCCGGUGCUGUGCCCGCAGCUGGGCGAGGGCCUGGGUGCCAAGGAGACGCCACAGCAGCGCUACCAGCGGCUGCAGCACGAGGUGCAGGAGCUGAUCCGCGACGUGGAGCAGAUCCAGAGCUCGGUGAAGGAGGCAGCAGCCGAGGAGGAGCUGUGCCCCAUGGCCCUUGCCAGGCAGGUGGAAGGGCUCAAGCAGCAACUGCUCUGCAGCCACCUGGAGAAGCUGCUGGGCCCCAACGCUGCCAUCGACCUGGCAGACCCCGACGGUGCCCUGGCCAAGCGUCUGCUGCAGCAGCUGGAGGUGGCCAAAUGCAGCAAGGGGACGCCAGGGAAGGUGCCCAGCAAGGGCACGGUGCCAGCUGCUGAUGCUGUCACCUUUGAGCUCUACUGGAGGCCAGAGCAAGCCCAGUUUGCCCAGGCUGCCAAGGUGGCAGAGCUGGAGAAACGCCUGGCACAGCUGGAGGGCAGCAUCCGCUGCGAGCCUGACAGCCAGAACCCACUGCUGGCAGGGCUGAAGGGCAGCAGCCUCAUGGAGACCCUGCAGGUCCUGCAGGCUAAAGUCAACAUCUUGGACGUGGCUGUGCUGGACCAGGUGGAGGCUCGGCUGCAGAGUGUCCUGGGGAAGGUGAAUGAGAUUGCCAAGCACAAGGGCACAGUGCAGGAUGCUGACAGCCAGAGCAAGAUCCAUCAGAUCUAUGAGACGCUGCAGCGCUGGGACCCUGUGGCCAGCAGCCUGCCCGGCCUGGUGCAGAGGUUGGUGACCCUCAGGGACCUCCACGAGCAAGCCACCCAGUUCGGGCAGGUCCUGGUGCACCUGGACACGACGCAGCAGGAGAUCUCUGCAGCCCUCAAGGACAAUGCCAUGCUGCUGGCAGAGGUGCAGAAGACCAUGAAGGAGAACCUGGCAGUGGUCGAGGACAACUUUGCCACCAUCGAUGCCCGCAUCAAGAGGCUGCAGAAGUGAGGCCUCCCCUGGCACCCCCUGCCCAGGCCACCCCUCUGGGUGCUCCCCCCGCCUCCCCGAGGGCCCUGUGCCCACCUCCACCUUGGGCAAUCCACCUCCCCACCCCCCCCCCGCCCCCAUCACCGUGUGCCCACUGCCGGUGCCAGCCCCUGCUUGUCCUGCUCUGCCCUGCCCUGGCACAGGACAGGGCAGGAGGGAGGGUCCCUGCCCGGCCCCGCCCACCAGUUCAGCCCAGUUUGGGGGGGUGGGGGGGGAGGUCUCUGUGCCCCUCCUCGAUGUACCCCAAUAAACUGCUCAGCUCCUGUGCCCUCA